CUCAACGUUGCGCUCUGCCUACCUCGUUUGAUUUCUGCUCGUCGACGACAACGAAAUAUCGUUUGUCCGCUAUAAAGCUUGUAGGCAAGUCAAUAACAGGUUAACCGUGUCAUUUUCAACGUUUUAACUCAUUGUUGUGUAUUUUUAUUUGAUUUCCUUCUCGGCUCUUGCUAUAAUCUCUGUAGGGACAGAAAACUGACUAUCGGCGUCUUGGGACGCGUAUAUGGCCAAUAUCGACAACUCAAACACGGGGCUAACUGAAAAUCAUGCAGAAGAGGGACCUGUUAAUGCGUCGUUGAGUUCAUCCAAUGUCUCCGAAGAACAUUCUGUAGUCGCAGCUUGUACUCUCAAGACUUCAAGUUCACCUCCAUUGAUCUCACCUACGAACUCAUCAACUCAAUCUCGCACUCAACUGGCUCUUCCUGCUUCAGAUUCAUCAUUGCUGCCCCACAUCCAAAGAAAUUUACUUCUGUCAACAUCAACAAGAAGGUCUGCUACCACGUCAUCGAACCACGUACCUGUCGUCAAGUCUGGCAGUCCAGCUCCUGUCCGACCUGUAGCUCCACCAAUAAGCACGCAUUCUCGGCUCGUGACCACCAAGCUCACAGCGGCGCCUGUUUUAUCAACCACAACUGGUCCGGGUUGGUCGCUCUCUUCAAACACAAUCAAUUCCAAUGGACCCCCUCCACAGCCACUUCCGCAUGCCGCUGCACCAGCGCCCGUUUCUUCAUUCAGCCACAAACCACGAGCUAUCGCAUCGACUUCGUCCGCCACGGGGAAGAAGGACACUGCGUCCAAACCGGCUUGGGGGCAUCCGAAAGUCGUAGCACCAGUCUUGUUCCCGGACACUGCAGGUCCCUCAGACUUUCCUACGGCUGCCGAAGUUGCUCAUGAAGAAGCUGAUGCAUUCCGAGGUGUUCACCUUGAUCCAAACGCCCACCACUGGGGACGGGUCCGCUUCAUUUCACUCUUCCUAUUCAUUUUCCUGACAUUUCGCAGAUGGAAGAAGAUGAUGACCAUUUUCUGGACGGAGUCAUUUGAAUUUGGCGACGGAAGGCAAUGCGCAAAGUGUACCAUCACCCUGGACCCAGCUACGGAUACUGUCGAACCCCACCCAGAGAUUGUCGAUGGCGGCAGAGCACCUGCCCCUCUCCAUCUUUCGGUCCACAAGGAAUUCUACCACGUUGCUCCUCGACAUCCGUCAAUGUCCCCUGCGUCUUCGCAUCCUAGCUACAUCGCCUUCGGAAGACUCGAGCUAUACGGUUCUCACCCAAGCUCCGAAGGCUCUCAUACAGAGCAUAUUCCACCUCCAGUUGACAUGCGUAGUGGACGAGAUGGACCAAUGCGGUCGCCUAGUACAACCCAGUGCAAUUUACUUCCAAAACCUGCGGGUGGCUAUGAUCGCUCAUCGCGCACAAUCGAGAAACGGUCCUGGUCCCCACGCUCCCUUCGGCAGGACUCCAGAUCGUCGUUUCGAACAUGGGCCCUCCACCAUUACCGUCGAAGCGCGAUGCCAAUCGGGCAGCUUCCACCCCAUAUUUCAACUGGUCCGCCUGGAAGAGCUUUUUGCGAAAGAUCCACAUCAACCUCUUGUCGUUGGUCAUGUCACCCUUAUUGGUCCACUAUCUCGGUGACCUCCGAAACCCCUGCCCCAUUCAUAACUCCUGCGCUGAGCAUCGAAGACGUUCACAAGACGGCCAUGCAUAUCUCAGCGGAAGAAGAGGAGCGGGAGAAAGAGAAAGAACGCGCCCGACAGAAGGCAGCUGCAUUAGAGGAGAAAUCCAAGGCAAGCGAAGAGAAGAAGAACGCUCAAGUGGGUUUCUGUGACGAAGCGGAAGCCGUGAAAUUGAUACAGGAGGUUGCGGAAGCAGCUAAAUCUCCUUCCCAGCAAGCGCUGCAAGUCGAUGCCACGGCACAACGUCCAACGCCUGUCAAGCCGAUAGGGCAACCGCCAUCUCUAAGAGCAUCUAGCAAUCGCACGAUUUCCUCAAAAACGGAUUCCUGGAGAAGCAAAGCUCCACCUCCAUCGUCGCCGCCAACGCCUCGAGAAGCACCUGUGCAGCUCCGUGUGCCUGCGCCGCUGCUCCGAGAUCUCGAGGUGGUGGACUUUUCUGAUAUGGGUAAAUUAGUUGGUGCUCCAGCGGCCCCGCAAUCUGAGGUGCCAUACAAAGGCAAUGAAAGACCGCCCCGCCCUCCUCGGCCUGUCGCAAGUGACUUCUUUGAAGAUUCUGAGCCUCAAGACACUUCCUGCUCGCCCGAAAUCUCCAGGCGUUGUCCGGAAGCUUUAGCUUCAUCCUCAUCGACGAACCAAGAAGUUGCAAAGGAGACUGGGGACAAACCGUUACAGGAUGCUCCGGUGAGCCUUCCGAGUCCGGAAUCGCUACGGGAGGCAGUGGCGCAUAUAUCGCCUUCGAAGACGCCAAUGUCUGCUCUCGAUGAUGUGAUGUCUCGCAUCAGGGGAGCUUUGGAUGGCAUGAAAGAGACGGAAUCCGAAAACAAGUCUAUCAAGGAGACAGCAGAUGCACCGCCCGAACCAGAUGUCAUUCCAUCUCAGGGCAAUGCUAAUGGUCGGGGUUAUUCAGGUGGGCCUAAAUGGCUUCCUCCUGCAUUGAGGCCACGUCAACACGAAGUCUUCGAUGUCACUGGCUGUGAACCACCACGUUCGCCUCGAAUGACCGUUGUGGUCCGCCUCCCCAGCCAAUCACGUCCUUUGGAUCCCAUUCCUAAGCGGCAAGCUCAUUUUUUGAAGAAUGCGCGUUCGCAGGUUCGAUGGGAUAUAAUGUCUUGGGAUCCACCGGUCGAUGGCAUGACCAAGAAAGACUUCUCCUUGAAUGAUGUGCUCCACAAGAACUAUUCGUCUCCCAGAAGCAAGCCCAGGUUUCGCGUACUCCUUCCUCGAGCACGGCAUAAUCAUUCGUCUUUCGCCAUUCCAUCAGGACCCAAGGUCAAUCUUCCUGUUGGAUCAACAAAGCCGGGUUCGUCAUAUGGGCGGUCGAAGGUCGAUGACCUUCCCCUAGAUAGCGCCAACGCAGGCGCUCUUGACACGAUCAGUUGCUCGCCUCCUCCUAACCCACCAGAACUUGCCCCCUCUGCCCAAAGUGUAUUACCAUGCAUCAACAAAGCGGAAGCCGUUACGCAACGUCCUAGAGCUCAACCAAAGAUGCCGGUAGGCUCUGCGGUAGCAUUUUAUCGCGAUAUCCCAUCCGACACAGCUAGUCAAGAGUUAAAGAAGCACUCGAUGUCCUUCACUGUCUUCAGCGAGCUGGACGAAAUACCGGCAUCUCCACUUGAAAGUGAUCCGCCAAGCGCUCUAUUCUCCUCAGCUGUAGACUCUUCUGACAAAAGUUUUCAUACCAUGGAGACGGUUACAAUCAGUCGCGUUGUGAAUGGUCUUGGGAAAGACACGAGCUCCCCAAAACUUGCUGUUUCGACGCAGCUGGACUCUAAGAGCUCGGAUGAAUCGGUUGACAGAAAUCUCAUCACCCCUGGAUCUGCAUCAUACAGCACACCAUGGACAAAAUCUCCUUUGAGCUUUUCAUCUUCAAAGGAAUCUCCGGCGAGAGCACCGGAUCCCGAGCAUCUAAAAGCUGUAUGGUCACAGCCCUCUGACAAGACUCUAGUACACGCAGUAAACUCCCUCGAGGGCAUUGCGGAUGAUCUCACUGCUCUACCUCUGGAAGAUGGAGAAACUCCCCCUCCUACUUCAGCAGCAAACGUUCCAUCCAAGAUGUCACUCCAUGAUGUCACACGUGCAUUCCAGCAAGUACCUACUUCAUCGAAUUCCGCUACGAGGAGCAGUAGUACGUUACCGUCAUCUGCAGCCGGACCCAUCAGCCGUCCUUCCAAUUAUACAUAUAGUCCUGUCCACCCAUCAAGCAUGAGCGUCCGGCCCCCUUUUCCCUACUCGCCGAUGAUGGCCCACCCACCUAGUCCCACACCACUUGUGUAUCCACCGCCAAGUCCUGCUCCGCGCGGACCCAACGGGCAUUCACCCAUGUUUGGUGGCGGCCAACCAAUAUGGGUGCCUCUCCCAUCUCAAAGCCACUCUGGUGCAGUGAGGCCGGUAACUUCGCCAUACCCUACGCAGCUGAUGGCAUACCCCUCACCAAAUGGGGUUCCAUCGAUGUAUGGGGCCCUCCGCCUAUGCCACACGGAUAAAUGGAGCUGCCCAACCCGCCCACGCAAUAUGUCAGUGAUGAGUCCUGUGUUGCAUCCAGCGACUCCUUCGAAUCACUCAAUGUAUGCUGGGAGUCCUGUGAUAAUGCAUGCACUCUCCUAUGAUGGCUGGUCCACAACCGUACAUGACCGGCGUCCUGAUGGUAUGCCUGGGAUGUCACCGAUGCAGCAAACACACUCUACUCCUCAACCUUCGCACGCUACUAUGUAUAGUCCUGCACAACCUCUACCAUAUGGACGACCGUCGUGGUGAUACGUGUAAUGCUACCUGACGAUAUAUUGAUGUUUCUCUGACAUGUUAUUAUAUGUUGUUUCGUUAUUUUCCUACUCUCUCAAUGCACAUCUGCUAGC